AGCUCUCCGUGCUUUAGGACGGCUUGGCCAAGUUAGCAAGGCCUUGUCUCAGAAUAAGAAAAGAACAUUUUAAAAGGCUGGGGCUGUAGCUCAGUGCAAAGGCCCUGGAUUCAAUCCCAAGUACCAGAGGAGAAAAAAACCAACGUACACCAACUCGAAGACCUAGAAAGCGACUCCUUCAGUCCGGGCACAACGUGAACAAUCAGGAAAUGUCUAUGGGACAUUGCUGAACGUCAGCAAUCACUGUGGGGCUUUCUGAAGAAGACGAGCAAUCAACAGACGUGAUUUUAACACCCGGAGCCCAUAGGUUUGUGCCCACCCUAAUGCGGAUUCUGCCAGCCCUGGUUUUGGAAACAGCCCAGGCCCAGCUUCGUCCCCGCAUCCGGGCGCGGGCGGGCGCGAGCAACAACAGAGUCCGCACCCGCCCACGGUUCCGCGCAGAGCACGCCGGGAGCGGUGGAGCCUCCCCAGUCACAAGGGCAAACGGCCCACGCCGUCGCCAUAGAGACCCGCGGGCGCCUCCGCAGGUGUCCGAGCGGGAUGCUUCGCCGCAGUUGUAAGGCGUGGCGAAGACACCUGAGCGACAGCCUCAGCUGGCAGCAGGACCAGGCGCUGAGCGGCAGCAUCUAUCUCCUGCGGGAAAUUGGCCCCACCAGCUUCCUGCUGAGGGAGGAAGAGCCGGAGAACGGGGAUUUCCGAGUUUUCCUAGGAAACCCUCAUGUUUGUAACUGUUCCACAUUUCUGAAAGGAGGGGAGCUUUGUAAGCAUAUAUGCUGGUAUGUGAUAAAAAAAUUCAAGCUUCCAAGAAAUCAUGAAUCUGCUUUCCAGUUAGGCCUUACGGAAGGAGAAAUAAAUGACUUGCUGCGGGGGUUACAUAGAGCUCCAACCCUGCAGCCAGACACGCGGCCGGGGAAGGAGCCAGCUGUUCCACAGAAGGAAGUCGGUCCUGAGGACGUCUGCUCCAUUUGUCAGGAGGGGCUCCUGGCGAAGAGGCUCCCUGUCACCUUCUGCAGAUGAUGGGUUUUAUUUGGCUGUGGCAAUAAUGUUCACAUAAAAUGCAUGAAGAUCUUGGCUAACUAUCAGAACAUGAUCUCCAGCUCUUCCAUGGUGAAAUGUCCUCUGUGCAGGAGAGAGUUCGCACCACUGAAAGUGAUUUUGGAAGAAUUCAAAAACUCUAGGAAACUUGUGGCUACCGCUGAGAAAGAACAACUGGACAAACACCUUGGAAUUCCCUGUAAUAACUGCAAACAGUUUCCAAUAAAGGGAAAAUGUUAUAAGUGCACGGAAUGUACAGAAUACCACUUAUGCCAGGAAUGCUUCAAUAGCUGCCGCCACGCUCCUCAUACAUUUGCAUUUCGCGAGAAGAGAAAACAAAGAUGGAGAUCACUAGAAAAAGAAUCACAUGAAGAUGUAAAAUAUUUAGAUAUUAAAAGUCAGAUAGAAGAAAAGAUGCCAUGGUAUCAAGAAAAGCAAGGGUGAGGUUACACACCGAAACACGUGGUGAGCUCCCUCCCUCUCCUCCUGGUUACGAAGAACAGCAAGCUGCUUGCUCCAGGCUGCCAGUGUCGGCUCUGUCUGAAGUCAUUUCAUCCUGGUCAACAUUCAAUACUGCUGCCAUGUUCCCACAAGUUUCAUAGGAAAUGCAUUGAUAAUUGGUUGUUCCACAAGAGCAACUCAUGCCCUAUUGAUGGAUUGGUCAUUUAUAGCCCUUUAAUCUGGAAAAGUACAGCACUGGAUGGGCAAGCACACCCGCCAGCUUCAAACAUGGACAUCACACAUCUGUCAAAGCAGGAAGAACCAAAACUUCUUAUUCCUGGUACUGGAUUAAUUUUAAAACAAAAUAGACCUGGAAUUUUACCAAGCAUUUCUCAGAGUAAUUCUGAAAAACUGAACACACUUCAAAGUCCAACAAAUACCUAUCAGGAUAUAACUAUAGAUGACCUGUGCUCUGUCAAGUUAGAUGAUUCAAAGUCAAGAAAAUUACUCUAUGAAUAUAAAAUCAGCCAGCAUUUCCCCAGGUAUCUUCAAGAUCUGCCCACUGGAUCACUUCGGAAAAUACCAUCGCAAACAUUUCUCCCUUCCCUUGCUCCUAAGAAUAUGAAAUGUCAGACUGAAAUGGAAAGCCCACGUAGUGGUCAAAAAGACCACAGUGGUCUGGAUCAGAAGGUGACAAAAGGCUUUAAACAUGUUAACCACAAUUGAAAGAGGACUCAUGGUACUAAAGUAAGAGAAGACAAUAGGAGAUCAAAUAUUUUACUCCCAGAGGAUUUAAAUCUUGUUGUUAAUGGGAAUAUGACUAAUCUUAGUGUGUCUGAAAGAUGUCCUAAUUAUAUGGGGAAAAUUAGACAAAAACGUAGUCAUCUAUCAAGACAACCUGUGUCUGAUUCUUCAAAUACAAAAAGAACUGCACCAUCUUUAAUAAUGGAAGGAGUGCAACUGUGAAAAAGUAUUUUUGAUUACUAUCAAAAUAUUUGGA